UUUGCCAGGAAUGUGUGAGGUCUCGUACCGGUUCGAUUGCUGGCUUUUGAUUGGCUAAAGCACUCCUCCAGUUCAUGUGCUAGUAAGGGAGUAAACUUGCAAGAUGGCGGUGCGGUGGGGCGCAGGCGAGGACACUUUAACGGCGUGCCAUAUGGAUUUUUUCCAUUUGAAUACACUCGGAGAGGCCGCUGAAUUGUGCUCUGGAGAAACACCGGAGUUUCUUCAAAGCUACUUGGACCCCUCUAUCCUUUCCAUCUUUGAUGACACCCCGUCCAUGGAGACAAAAGGACAAGACCAGGACAUUGAAGCCACGCUGUUAACCGCUCUGGCGGACAUCAUCGACAAUAUGGAUGAUGAGAACCCGUCCCCGUUUGACAUGCUGCCUGAGUCAGACCUGCUGUCGGGUCAGGGCAGAGAACACUCGCCGCUCAGGAGAUUGGUCUGUCUGCCACGGUCCCCUCCAGAGAAAGACUCCUCCUUAUGUUUAAGACCACUAUUGCCUGGAAAGAACCUCCCCAUGAUGACAACAGACUCCCUGCAGAGAAGUGACGGAGAUGAACAGGAUGCUGGCUCUCUCACUCUGAGCCCACUGAGGCCCAGUUUACCUUCUGACUGCACUUCGCCAGAUUGGGAAUGUCUGGCCAUCCCGGUUCCUGUCACCGUUGAGCAGGAGAGUGCCGACGGUCUUUCAGUCAGCCUGGGCGACUUGGUGAAACACAUGCAUCCAUACUGCAUGACCAUUAGCAUGGAGGAUGAUAAGGGCAUGCAGAUGUUACCCGAAGGAGGAAUCUUACUUGAAGUGGUAGAUCAGUGUAAAAAUGGAGAGCCAAUCCUGGCCAUCCAAGACCUCCCAUUUCCUCUACCAAUUGAAGAGUAUACAGAAAAUAAGCCAAGGGCAGGUGAUGAGGACGAUGUAGCUUCUGAGAGCUCAGAGCAUAUUGUUGUUGUUGAUGAUGAUGACUACGAUGAAGCGUUCUGUCAAGUUCCGGUGAAAAUUCCAGGCUUAUGUUCUGAUGGGAAAGAUAGCAUUAUGAUUAACAAGGAGAAGGAAGACACCCGAGCAAGAAGCCCUUCUCGUAGGAAAAGGAAAAAGAAAUGCAAGAAAUAUUGCCCACCUGUUGAGGGUCGGGUCCUCAGGAGUGCUUCAAUAAUACAUAAAAAACAAGAAUUACCCCCAGAGUUGAAAAAUAGGCAACUCAAGGAACAGAAGAAAAACAAAAUGCCAAAGGAUCCAGCUGGUCCUGAAGAUCCCUUUCUAAAACUUAAGGCCACAGGACUGUUAAAAGCUGCUGUUCCUGAAAGUCCAGCCCCAGCACUCUCCUCCCAGCAGCCAGAUAAAAUGUCCAAACGGCUGUCCCAAGCUCCUGACGAGAUCUCCACCCAACCAUCUUUAGUGUCUUCCAGCAACCCAGCAGCUGCUCUUAACAUCACAGCGACUGUAGAGGAACCCCUCCCACUGGUGGCUCCUGCAGCUCCAGAGCCAAAGCCCAAGUCCCUCAGUCUGGCAGAGUACAGACGACUUCGGCUGCAGAAGAAGCCUGUUGCGGUUCAAAACCAAGGCGACAACAGCACCAAGUGGCCAAGCCUUCCGGAGCUGCCCAAAGAAUUGCCCCCUAUCCUCUGUUUGCCUCAUCCCAGCCCCAGGGAUACUCGGUGGCCCACCUUCCAGGCUGCAAAGCAGGUGGUGGAGGUCAAACCCACCUGGCAACCCCGGGGACCCUGUGCCCCGCCCACGCCUGAGGCGCUGUUAGUGCCACCCGCCUAUAUGGUCGCCUCAACCAACAAGACUGCUGUCCCUACACAGUCAAAAGUGUCAAAAGAAGUAUCGAGUCCAAAGCCAAAUGUGCCCCAAAAACCUUCAGCCGGUACACCUGAUUCUGUCAACACUCUCGUCUCUGAAUGCCAGCCAGUGCACCAACCAACAGACAAGUGUCCUAAACUGUCAGAAGACAAGACUGAAGUCACUGAGAGGCUUCCACACUUUGUCAAAACCACUGCACAGACAAUCCAGUGCAACUCUGCUGCUGUUGUUCCUAUUCCCAGUCCCCUGCAGAAGACCCCAGUUUGCCAGAAUGUGCCCAAGGUCAUUCCUCACUCCACUCCUUCCACAAACAAUUGCAGUAAAUCUGCAAAGGCCCCAACAAUGAAUCCCAAAGCCUCUUCUACUCCAUCCGUUAAUCCAUUGGCUUCCUCAAGUCUUAAAUCAAAACUAGUUGUGCUUAAACCAAAACCUCAAGUCGCAUCAACGGGAGCUCCAAAGGCAAAGAGUCCCACACAGGAGCUGAUUGAGUCCUUCACUGCUGAGAUGGGUAUUGAGGCAGCUGAUCUGACCAGCCUGUUGGAGCAGUUUGAGGAAACACAAGCCAAAGAGCAACAAAGUAUACUGGAGGUCUGUGGUAGAGCAACAGCUGUAGGAAACUCUAGUGCCGAAUUUGCACAUGAGAGAACUGUUGUGGAGCGUGUCAGAGCCAAUGAUCUCUCAAGCCCUGCAGCUUUGACUCCUCCAGCCACUCCUCCACACCAGAUGUGGAAACCUCUGGCCCCCAUUGCCCUUCUUGGAAAGGCCAAGGCCUCAGAGUCCUCCAAAAUGAACCCAUCUAAGGCUAUUCAGAUAGAGGCCCGUCCUCUGACCUCAGCCAGAUUCCGUACCAAACCCACUGAAGCUGCCGCCUCUGUGCCUUACAAUGUGGUGUGCAUGGAUCAUGAUUACUGCCUCCCCAGCAGACAUGCUUCUACUGGGGAAGCAGGCAAGCGCUGGAAUGUCAAACAGCAGAUCUCAAUUAAAGCCAUCAAGCACCCUAUUGCAACCACUACAGUGCCCCCGUGUGUCCAGGAGACCACCUGCCAGUUGAACCCCAACACACAAACAUCUUUAGCACCUCCAGUGACUUUGAAUGAUGACAUUGAUAGGAUAGAGAGGUCCUCUGUUCUUGAGACUCCAGAAGCUUCUCCAGCGCGGCAGGAGAGCGAAUUGACUGAAAGCAGUCUUAGGAAGAGGACUUUUGAGAGGUCCUAUCGUUGGCAUGCUGCCUCUCGCAGUCCCGGCCCCAAACAGGGGGGGCGAAAACGAAGAUCCCAACGUUCCCCCUCGGAGUCCAGCAGCUUUGAGUCUGAUUCCCACUCAUCUCGAUCUCGGUCGAGAUCCCACUUGCCAUCCAAGAAAAGGUUUCGUCAUCGCCGCUCUCGCAGCAGAUCCAGCUGUUCAUCUCGUUCCUCUUCAUGGUCCUCUGUAUCCCGCUCUCCUCCCAGGAGGAGAAAAUACUCAUAUUCCUCCUCUCACUCUGGUUCUUGGAGUCGCUCUCGAUCGCGGUCUCAUUCUCCCCAAAGACGAGCGCCAUGCAGGAGAACCAGAACUCUUUGCAGUCCUUCAUAUCAGAGUACAUAUGGGUAUGCUGCUGAGGAUGUGAAGUCUCGCAAAGACAAAGCCAUAGAGGAGAGACGGGUGGUUUACAUUGGUCGAAUUCGAGGCACAAUGACACAAAGGGAGCUCAGAGAUCGUUUCUCCUACUUUGGUGAAGUAGAGGAUUGUACUCUGCACUUUAGGGAACACGGGGACAACUAUGGGUUUGUGACUUACUACGACACCAAGGAUGCUUUCACCGCCAUUGAAAAUGGGAGCAAACUGCGCAAGCCUGACGAGCUGCCAUUUGAUCUGUGCUUUGGUGGAAGGAGGCAGUUCUGCAAAACCACCUAUGCUGACCUAGAUUCUAACAGAGACUACGACCCACCAGCUUCAAAAGGCAAGAUGAAGACACUAGACUUUGACACUUUACUGAAGCAGGCCCAGCGAAGUUUGAAGAGGUAACAGGAGGCCUGGCGCAGGAAGCACCAAACUUACCUCAAGAGCAAAACUUGUCUUUUCAGUUUGUUGUGGAAUUUGUUUUGUUUGUUUACAUUUAUUUUGUUUGGGCAAGUCUAAUACCUUCUAUCGAAGUGGAAAUUUAUAAUUAAAUGAGUAAAAGACAUUAAAAAAUGUAAUGUGACAAUUUUGUAAUAUUUAACUGUAAAAACAAAAUGAAAUGUAUGGAGAGAAUCACUUUUAAGGGUGAAAACAAAAGUGGCAUCCUUAAAUGUUGGGAGAGGAUGUGAUACAUUCAAAUAUUCUGCAAACAUCAAUUAAAAACAGGAACCUGAAA